GUGUUGUUUUCACCAUCAUAAUACAUUCUUGAAAAAUUAUUAAUUUUUUUCAGCAAUUCAGCUCUAACAUUUAAAAAUGUCAGAAGAUGUUGGCUAUGAUGAUUUUCACGACGAACAAUCUACUGAGAAUUCUAUACCUAAUGACCAAGAUAUAAAUUUGGACAUUGUAUCCAAAACUCCAAAAGAAAAAGCCACCGAUGAUUUUUACGAAAUAAUUAUAAUCAAAAAAUAUAAAUGUAAAUCAUGUGAAUUGAUGUUUGAUUCUUUCGAACAGAUUCAUGAUCAUUAUACUAAUGUACAUAAUAAUAAAGAUCAAACGGAACUUCUGUUCAUUGAUGCUACAAAUAAUGAUGUUUCAUUUCCAAAUAAAUGCAAGAAAAAUAUCAAUGACAUAUCACCGAAAAAUAAACGGACAAAAAAACGACUACAACAAACAAGAAAAUCUUCGAAAAGAAAAUAUCCUUGUGAUUGGCCUGAUUGUGAUUAUGUAGCAAUCAAUUCGGUUCACCUAAAAGAUCAUCGUCGAAUACAUACUGGAGAGAAGCCAUAUCGUUGUGAUUGGAAUGAUUGUGGACAUAGUUUUACUCAAUUAUCAUCGCUUCGUUUACACAUUCGAACGCAUACUGGAGAACGUCCAUAUGAAUGUGAUUGGCCUGAUUGCAAUAUGCGUUUUACUCAGAAAAGUAAUCUCAAAGUACAUAUGCGAAAACAUACUGGCGAACGACCAUACAGUUGUGAUUGGCCCGGUUGUGAAGCCAAUUUUUCCGUGAAAGGUAAUCUUGAACAUCAUCGUAAAGCCCAUUGUGGUCUGAAAAUAUUCGUCUGUGAUCAUCCUAAUUGUGGCCGUACAUUCGUAGAGAAUGCACAUCUACGAAAACAUGAAAUGAUUCAUCAAGAUAAUAAACCAUAUAAAUGUGAUUGGCCUGGUUGUAAUUAUAGUUCUUGUCGUCGAAUUGAUGUUAACAAUCAUAAAUUAAUACAUAGUGGCCAAUUCAAACGAUUCCAUUGUCCACAUUGUCCUAAUAAACAAUUCACACGAUCACAUCUUUUACAUAAACAUGUUCAAAAAACUCAUUUCACUAACACUUGAUUAUUGGCAGUUUUAUAAAUUCAAACAUUUAAUCUAUUAU